AUGUUAUUAGAAAUAUUUCUAUUGCUUAUUUUUCUUGGGUUGUUAAUGGGAAUAAAUUGGCUGUUCACUCCUUAUACUAAUUGGAAAAAUCAACAAAAAACAGUGAAAAAGGACGAUAGUAUAGUGAUAAUUUGUGAUGGAAAAGAAUACAAGUAUUCCUCAUAUAAAAAUACAUCUGAAGUUCAAUUAAGCAUAAUUAUUCCAUCAUACAAUGAGGAAAAUAGAUUGGGAAGAACAUUAGAAGCAACAUUCAAACACUUUAAUAAUUAUAAAUACGAAAUAAUAAUCAUCAAUGAUGCAUCAAAAGAUAAGACAUUGGAAGUAGCCAAGAAGUAUUCAAUGAAUAAUAAAAACUUUAAGAUAAUUACGUACAAUAGAAAUAGAGGAAAAGGAGGAGCAGUAAGACUGGGAAUGUUAGCAGCUGCAGGUGAAAUUUAGUUAAUGAUGGAUGCAGAUCUAGCUACAGAUUUGAAUGAAUAUGAGAAAUUGUCAAAAGAGUUAAUAAAAAUUACAUAAAAUGGAUUAGGAUUGGUGGCAGGUUCAAGAAAUCAUUUAGUGAAAGAUGUAGUUGUUCAAAGGAAAUGGUAUAGAAAUUUCUUGAUGCAUUGUUCUAAUUUCAUCAUUAAUACCAUAUGUGGUGUUAGAUUGAAGGACACUCAAUGUGGGUUUAAGUUGUUUACAAAAAACACUUCAGCAAUAUUGUUUAGAGUACUUCAUUUGGAGAGAUGGGCAUUCGAUGUAGAAUUAUUUAUGAUUGCAUAAAAAUACAAAGUGCCAGUCUCAGAGGUGCCUGUGAAAUGGGAAGAUGUUGAAGGGUCCCAUCUAAAUGUCGUAGAAGCCUCAAUCCAAAUGGCCAGGGAUUUUCUAUUAGUCAGGAUUUUGUAUCUAUUGAAUAUUUGGAAUUUUAAGGAUGACAUAGGAUUAUGA